AUGUACAGUUAUUUGUUCUGCUUAGUUAUUUUGAUCUCACAAAUUUCAUGUUACGAUUUAAUAUUGGAAGAAGAAGACUUCGACAUUUUUUGUUCGUUCAAAAAGUGUCUGAACAAAUGUUGCGAUAGGAACGAGUACAUGAACGGGACCGAACCCGGGAGCAGUGUGUGCGUUGAAUACGACGGUGAUGGGACCUUGGAUUAUUCCAAAAUUCAGUUAUACGAUGAGGAGGAUCACGAUAGACCAGUCAAUGAGAAUUUCGGAGAUCUCUUUCGGCUGAAACCGGGGUUGAUGCGGGAGGAAAUCUUCGCUAUGGAAUCAUACGUGCCGCAGUAUAUACAACUGAGGACUUUUCUAAAUAAGCGUGGUAUAGUUUUCAUGGAAAUGCCGAACGCAUACCAAAGAUGGACGCCGAUAGAACCGGACAAAUUCUGUGCGGAUUUUGCCCCGGACGACUACGGGAAUCUGACGGUCUUCUUCUGGGUCUACACAGAGACUGUCGUGGAGAACAACGACUAUUAUUACAUAGCGCUUCUAGUGUCAUCAUUUUUCCUAGCGCUCUUGCUAAUAGUUUACGCCAUUUUGCCUGAAUUGCGGAAUAUGCAGGGCAAAGUUCUGAUGUCGUACGUGGCUAGCCUUCUUGGAGCCUUCCUUAGUCUUGUUGCUAUGCAAAUUGGCUCAUAUCCUAAAGAAACCUGCGUCGCACUAUCGACUAUAAUUUACUUCUUCUUCUUGGCUGCGUUUUCCUGGAUGAAUGUAAUGUCGUACGACAUCUGGUGGACGUUUAGAGGCUACGCUAAAGCUCGUCCCAUACACAGAAGGGGGAAGAAAUUCAAGUUCAUAAUGUACUGCCUCUACGCGUGGGGUGUCCCCAUCAUCAUGGCGAUUGCCUUCGUGUGUAUGAACGAGGCUGAUCUGAGUGAUCAGCCGUGGAUUAUCAAGCCCAUGAUACCCAACCAUGGCUGCUUCCUUGCAGGAGGUCAGAAAUAUGUUUACCUGUACCUACCAAUGCUGAUUCUCAUCGUCUGCAACUGGAUAUUCUACUUAAUGACAGCGUUUAACGUGUGGCGUUUGAGGAGAGGAACAGCAGUAUUGAAUUCACCUGCUGCUGGAAACCCAGCAUCUCAUCGGUCACAGAAACAGAGAUUUACUCUCUACUUGAAGCUAUCUGUCAUAAUGGGGAUAAACUGGAUCCUAGAAGUGGUCAGCUCCUUUUACCCAGAUUGGGAGAUCUGGUACAUCACGGACGCUUACAAUCUCCUCAUCGGCGUCACCAUGUUCGUCAUAUUCAUCUACAAGGAGUCGAUUUACAACAAGCUGAUGAUAAAAUACAAAACCAUCAGACGACACAGCUUCCCCAAACGAUCAACGACUACAAGCAUCACCCAGGAAUCGAACCUGAGCCAAGACUUGCCGAAUAUCUGCCCCCACCCCAAUUUCCAGAGGAAACUAUCGAAUGUACAACGACCCGACGUUUUAGUGUAA